UCUGCCUAUAAAUUCUGGUGCCCUCCAACAUCAGGAGCUCCAAGGAGAUGGCUGCCACCAUGAUCUUGUCUUGGAUGGUAAUGUUAAGUCUUCAAAUUCAGGUGGAUGCAGGGACACCAGCAACGCUUACAAGAACAGCAACAGAUGCCUACAACACGAUUACCACCACGUCUCCGGUCAGAGGCUCUCGCUCCUGUGGUGGCUUUCUUGAGGGUUGGUCUGGCUCAUUCCAGAGUCCGGGCUAUCCUAAUUCCUACCCCAACAAUGCUCGCUGCAUCUGGAACAUACAGUUGCCACAGUGGGAUCUCCGAGUCGAGCUGCAGUUUGUGGAUGUCGAGCUGGAAGGCAAUAGCUGCACUUACGACGCCAUUAAGGUGUAUGACGGAGGGUACACUGGGGCCCCGCUCCUCGGCACUGUUUGCAGGAAUGACCAUCGUGUCUUCAGGUCGUCUGGGUACCAGAUGACCAUCCUGUUCCGCAGUGAUGGCAGCGUCACACAGAGAGGUUUCCAGGCCUACUACUCCUCAUUUCACACCUCUAGCAACACCACAGUGCCAGACAGCUCUACCUUGACUCCCCCUGUGUCUUCAACCACAGCAGGAACCGAAACCUACAGCACAAUUCCCACCACGUCUCCGGUCACAGGCCCUGGCUCCUGUGGUGGCUUUCUUCUGGGUUGGUCUGGCUCAUUCCAGAGUCCAGGCUACCCCUACUCCUACCCCAACAACACUCGCUGCAUCUGGAACAUACGGUUGCCAGAGCGGGAUCUCCGAGUCGAGCUGCAGUUUGUGGAUGUCGAGCUGGAAGGCAAUAGCUGCACUUACGACGCCAUUGAGGUGUAUGAUGGAGGGUACACUGGGGCCCCGCUCCUCGGCACUGUUUGCAGGAAUGACCAUCGUGUCUUCAGGUCAUCUGGGUACCAGAUGACCAUCCUGUUCCACAGUGACAGCAGCAUCACAGAGAGAGGUUUCCGGGCCUACUACUCCUCAUUUCAUGCUCCUAGCACCACCACAGCACCAGGCAACUCCACCUCGACUCCCCCCGUGUCAUCGACCACAGGCCCUGGCUUCUGUGGUGGCUUUCUUCUGGGUUGGUCUGGCUCAUUCCAGAGUCCGGGAUACCCCUACUCCUACCCCAACAAUGCUCACUGCAUCUGGAAAAUACAGCUGCCAGAGCGGGAUCUCCGAGUCGAGCUGCAGUUUGUGGAUGUCGAGCUGGAAGGUGUUAACUGCACUUACGACGCCAUUGAGGUGUAUGACGGAGGGUACACUGGGGCCCCGCUCCUCGGCACUGUUUGCAGGAAUGACCAUCGUGUCUUCAGGUCGUCUGGGUACCAGAUGACCAUCCUGUUCCACAGUGACAUCAGUUUCAGUGGGAGAGGUUUCCAGGCCUACUACUCCUCAUUUCAUGCUCCUAGCACCACCACAGCACCAGGCAACUCCACCUCGACUCCCCCCGUGUCAUCGACCACAGGCUCCUGUGGUGGCUUUCUUGAGGGUUGGUCUGGCUCGUUCCAGAGUCCGGGAUACCCCUACUCCUACCCCAACAACGCUUACUGUAUCUGGAACAUACAGUUGCCACAGUGGGAUCUCCGAGUCGAGCUGCAGUUUGUGGAUGUUGAGCUGGAAGGCAAUAGCUGCACUUACGACGCCAUUGAGGUGUAUGACGGAGGGUACACUGGGGCCCCGCUCCUCGGCACUGUUUGCAGGAAUGACCAUCGUGUCUUCAGGUCGUCUGGGUACCAGAUGACCAUCCUGUUCCGCAGUGACGGCAGCGUCACACGGAGAGGUUUCCAGGCCUACUACUCCUCAUUUCAUGCCUCUAGCACCACCACAGAGCCAGAUACCUCUAGCUCAAUGCCCACCAUGUCAACAACCCCAGAAGAUUAUUCUUGUGGAGGCUUGCUUUUCUCUCCAUCUGGGACAUUACAGAGUCCAUUUUACCCCAGAAAUUAUCCAAACAAUGCCGACUGUGUUUGGGAAAUAGAAGUACAGAACAACUUUCGUGUCAUACUCACAUUUAGAGAUGUUCAGAUGGAAGGUGGCAGAUGCCUGUCUGACUAUGUGGAAGUCUAUGAUGGGCCACUCUAUACUUCUCCUCUGCUUGGGAAAUUUUGUUCUGGUUCUUAUCGCACGUACGAAUCUUCCUCAAACCUGCUGACUGUCCGGUUUCACAGUAACUCUCGAUACACAUACAGAGGUUUUCAAGCUGAUUAUUAUUCCACUCCAGCAGAUCAGAACACAAAGCUGUUGUGUUUGCCGGACUACAUGCGUGCAGUUGUGAGCAGAUACUUCCUUCAGUCACAAGGCUACUCUCCUUGGAGACUCUCCUUGAAUGACCCCUCUUGCAAACCCAACAUCACAUCAGACUCUGUCAUAUUUGACAUACCAUACACCGGCUGCGGCACAGAGAGAGAGGGAAACAACAACACAAUAACCUAUUCCAACCUUAUUAGAGGAUCGUCUUCUGGUACUGUAAUCACAAGAACUAGAAAUCUUCACUUGCAUAUCCACUGCAAAAUGCUCCAGGACACUUGGGCACAGAUAAUGUAUGUUGCGGAGGACAAUUUUGAAGUCAAUGAGACUCAGUAUAGCAGAUAUGAUGUAAACCUUACAUUUUAUCAUUCCUCAUCCUUCUCGUGGCCAGUGUAUGAAUCACCAUAUUAUGUUAAUAUCAACCAGAAUUUGUUUCUUGAAGCUUACCUGCACAGCUCUGAUCCAAACCUGGUGUUAUUUCUGGACACAUGUGUGGCAUCUCCCACUCCCCACAAUUUUACAACAGCGACCUAUGAUAUAAUCAGGAAUGGGUGUGUUCGAGAUUCUACCUAUUAUUCUUAUUCCUCGCCCUACAGAAACAGGGUCCGGUUUGGAUUCAAUGCCUUCCAGUUUAUUCAUUACAAUCCAUCGGUUUACCUGCAGUGUGAACUGGUGGUGUGCAGGGCCUAUGACUAUUCUUCCAGGUGCUACCGAGGCUGUAUUACCAGGUCCAAGAGAGAGGCAAGCUCUGGCCAAGAAAGGGUGACUGUUGUUGUUGGCCCAGUAGAGCUUCGGGAAGAUGGUGUUGAGAAACAGAACGCGCAUGAUGUUGAAUAAAAUCUUGUCUCCUUUAGCAGACAGCUUCUUUACAUGCCAAUCUAAUUCUGAAUGAAAUUAUGCUCCUGCUGGCAA